CAUAUCUAAUGAAGAGCUCCCGCAGAACGAAGAUUAUAUAGUUCACUCUAUAUACAUUCACCACGGACAUACUAGUAUAUAGCCGCGGAUUUCAACUUUGAAUUCAUUAUUGGUUGGAUGCAAGUCCCAACUGGACUUCUAAACACUGGAUACCUGUUCACAGACCAGGGGUUUUGAGGCAGGAGUGACAGUAUUUUGUUAAAUUCACAGUGCUUGAUCUUCACUCAGUUGAACGGAUCAAAACUUCGAAAUGGGCAUCUACACGAUAUUCCUCUACUUGUCACCAAUACUAGCGGUGAACGUUGCCUAUAACAACCCAGGCCAAGGGACCACGCACAACAUUACUGACAUCUUGAUCGGUAGAUGCGAGGAAUACCGGAAGUGCCUCCUGGGGGAGCCAUGUCUCCCGUCCUAUCGCAAUGUCAACUGUCUUGCAGCAGUGGAGUCGUUUUUAGGAGGCAUUCGCAAUGUGGAUCCAUGUUCUACCCCAUACAACGCAUAUGAUGAAUUCUUCAAAAUGGUCCCGCCCACAACAGUUCGUAACACGACGAUGUUUUGGUCAGGUGUUAAGGGCACCAACGUACCACAGGACAUUGCUCAGGUCACCCCUUACUUCAACGUGAUAGGGGAGACCUUCCCGGGUUACAUGGCCGGUAACCUAUCCUGGUGUGGCGCUACGGACGGUAAUGACACAGGACUCGGACUCAACUUCACUGUCUGUCCUAAAGGGAAAGGUGCAACAUGUCCCAAUAAUACCAAGGCGAUAUUCUGGGCUAAGGCAUCCAAUAUGUUCGCAACGCAAGCUGUUGAUGACGUCUAUGUUGUUCUGAAUGCGCAAAAACCUGGCGGGGCUUUCAGCAAAUAUAGUUUCUUCGCCACGGAAGAAGCACCUAAUCUCAACCCGGACGUGGUCAAAAAUGUCGCCAUCUAUCUCAUCCCAAACUUCACUCUUCCGAUUCCGAAUGAAAUGUAUGCAGAGACGUGCACCAAUGGAAGCGUUUUGUACUUGCAGAAUUUCUUAAUGGACAUGAAUUUGAAUGUGACAUGUGAGGAGAACCCUAAGGAAAUCAUGUGGCUCCAGUGUGCUCGGUUUGCAGAUAGUCCAUACUGUGGGCCAUACGCCAAAGGUAACCCGGUAGUGGCCGCAUCAAUAGUGGUUAUACUGCUUCAAGUCGUUUUCGCUAUGUCUCUCAGUGGUUGGAAUACAAUAUCUACUACCCUAUAAAGAUUGGGAUGGUUCUUCGCGAAAUCCUAGUUUGCUUGCUUCGAAUAAAAUCAGAAAAUUACGUUUAAAAGUAAUUAGCGAUUGUUAACGAAAUGGAAACAAAAGAACGGGAAAUUACGAAAUGUGAACAAUCGCUGACAUUAUUUUUUAAAUUCUACAUGUAUUUGUUUUAAAUGACAGUUUAUAGAGAUUUGUGUAAAUUUAUAGAGACAGUAUAUACAUUAGAAUUCGCUAAUCUGCUAUCGGUCACAAACAUUGAUAAGAGGGUGAUGUUAUCAAAUGAUUCCUCUUCAUUUAUUAGUGUAUGAGAAUUCAUAUUUCCUUAUCUUUAAAGUUCUAAGAAUAAACUAAAUCAAACGUCCUUUAAUCAAAAUUAAAUUCUACACACUUAAAUAAGUCGGGUAAAAGUUUAUUUAUUUUCGGGUAAACUUUACCAAACUUUUUCUUGAAUGUAUUCUGUCUAAAACUUUUUAGAGGAUAUAACUUAAGACAUCAUACCAAACAAAUUAAUGGCUGUUUGAUGAUGGUCACAUUUCAAGGUUUCCAAACUACAAAAAUGAUGCAAACGCCAUUUUAUCUUGUUUAUAAUGAGGAUCUUUACACCUUCCCUUCAUUUUCCAUUUAAUGACCCUCGUCACAACAAAACAGACAACGUCGAUUGUAUACACGAUACUCAAGGUACUUUUGAUUAUGGUACUUAAUCAAGAUUGGUGAUUAUUACUGUCAUUAAUAUUACAUUCGGUUCUCAUUACAUCUGGAAAAUAAACUCCGGUGGAAAUAAUGACGAUAAAAAUAAAACAUAAUUAGAUCUCUGGAUCAGCCAUUUCUACUUGAGUUUGCGAAAUGUAAGCAUGGAUUUCGUCUUUAGGUAAUCUUAAACAUUCCAGGUCAUUUUGAAUUAUUUAUCAUGCAAUGGAAUUGAUGUUUGAACCAGCAAAAGUUCCCUUUUUGUUUAUUUUAUACGAAAACUUGCUGCAAUAUGACAUUAUCCGUAAACUACCAGCACCGCUAUGCAUACAACGGAUUCCAUUUUCUAA